UUGCAGAGCUCGCCGUGGGGCGUCGUCCGCCGCGUCUGCCCUGCUUGGUUGCUCCCCAGCAAGUAUUGAAGAAGGUUCGAACCCUAGGGCUUUAUCUACUCCCAAAAUCCGUUUCAUUGUGGUUUUGACAAACCUGGUCUUUCCUCCAAGUUAAAACCAUUCAAGGCCAAGGUGUAAGAGGGAGGCAGAUUGUUGAAAUGUUGAAGUUCCUUUCAAGAGUGAGGAUUGAGUUCAAUGCCUUGGACCCACGAACGGCUUCCUGCAUGGAAUUCUUGGCACAAUGCAAUGCCCGAAAGGCCAAGGAAUCUAACCCUGCAUGUCAAGUUGUUGUGAAGCGCAGAACUGAUGAUCACCCUCCUCAGAUCACUGUAACAUUUGUCAAUGGCGUAGAAGAAGCCUUUGAUGCAACAUCCACCCCAGCCCAGACCAUAAGGAACAUGAUUCUGGAAAAAGGUCAGCACCUUGAGACUGAGCAAAUGUUUCGAGAGGCUGGUGAGGCCUGGCCUGUUAUCAUCCCUGAGGAGGAGCUACGCCAGCCCGCACCCCGUACCAAACCAAGGAAAGCAGAAGAGAAGAAGCAAUAAAUAAAUCCUGUUCAGCCUAUGAUCAACUGAAAACCAUUUUGGGUUUUGUGACGUUAACAUGGAUUUCUUUCCGGCAGGAGACUCUAUCGCAUCUAAUCACUGCCGCUUCCUGCCUUAUUGUAUUUCUGAAUUAUUGGGUACAUUUGCAUGUCAUGAACCUUCUUCUUCUUCUUUGUUUGUUUGUUUUUUUUUUCUUUUUGUUUUUGUUUUUGUUUUUUUGUUUUUCGAAUCACAAGGUCAGGACAACAACUUAAGGUUAUAAGUGGGAUUGAACUUACAUCUCUUACGUUUAUGAGAGCUUCUAUGCCACUAUGCUACAAGAGAAUUGCCGCUUGACAUGAAUGUUGAUGUCUUCAAACUAUGUAAUUUUAAAUCUUUAUGUUUGUUCA